GAAGUCGUGAGCGGGCGCUUCCGUGGACUUGGACCAACGUCGCCAUCGCCCUCGGCCCCUCGCCGACCCUCUCUUCCGACCGACCGAGCCGACGGGUAGCACAUCUACCAGCUUCCUCAUGGUCUCGUCGUCGCUGUACAAGGACGUUGCCGCCAGCGAGCGCUUGCUCCGCGAGAGCCUCAAGAACGGCGCGCCAUGUAUCCCGGACGACCCGCUUCGUCUGAGCCUGCUUGAGAAGGCGCUUCACUACACGUCGUCGUACCCGGCCGACUCGGCGUCCAAGAAGACCGAGGAAGUGCUUUGGAAGCCGUGCUUCUACAAGUGCAUCGAGAGCUUCCGUCGCAGCAUUCGCAAGUAUGCAGCGGCCUCGAACGGCGACCGGCGCGUGCGCGAACACUUCUUCCAGGUCUCGCUGCAGUUCCAGUCCUUCCUCGACAGCGCGUCGGCGUACUAUGAGAAGCUCCACGACGCGUUCGCGGCCGGUCCUUCAAGCGACGCGGUGCUGCAGAGCAUGUUUCGGUGCCUCAUCUUCCUCGGCGACAUUGCUCGGUACCGCGAGCUGCACAGCCAGAAAGCCAAAAAGAACUUUGCCGCCGCCGAAAGCUACUACCACCGCGCGCUCGCUGUCAUGCCCGAGAACGGCAACCCGCACAACCAGCUCGCCGUCCUCGCGACCUACGUCGAAGCCGAGACAAUCGCGGUGUACCGGUACUGCCGCAGCCUCCUCGUGCCGCAGCCGUUUGCAACCGCGGCUGAGAACCUCGCGUUGCUCUUUGAACGCGCGCGGCAGCGCCCACUGCCAUCGCAUCUCCCGCCGAUUACGAGCACGUCGUCACCGAAAGACAAGUCGGCCUUCCUCAAGAGCUUUCUCCACCGCCUCACGCGGCUCCAUGGCCACUUUCUCUCGCCCGGGAACGACGCGAUGGACCCGACGACGUACCCAUUGGACCUGGAAGACGCGGUCGGCGAUGACUACAAGCUGUUGCUGUCCGCCGGUGUCAUUGGCGAUGCACUUUUGCUCAAGCUCUGCGCCAUCAACAUGCACUGUCUCCACACCUCGGUUGGCCCGAUGCGCGCGCAUGCGCUGCGGCUCGCGUUGCUGCUGCUCACGACGACGCUUGAGUAUGUGGACGAGAACCGGGACAAGACAGCGCUGCUCGGGCCCGUAAGCGUCAUGGCCGACUACUUGCAGCCGCGGCUGGAGCUGCUCGCGUCGGUCGAGACGGCUCCGUUCCUCGCAUCGCUCACGCGCGUGCUCAACAGUCUCUGCUUGGACCACGAAGACCCCGACGCGCUCACGUGGAAGCCGCGGCUCAAGGAAAUGCACGAACUGCGCUGCUUUGCGCCGCUGGACCAAUCCUCGAUCGGAUCCAACGAGCUCCUCUCGGAGGUGGAUGCACGCCACGUGCGCUGUGCCAACUUGGUCGGCUUUGGCCGCCGCCUCACCGAGCCGAUUGGUGACGAGGAGCGUGUGUACCUCUAUUUGCACUUAAACCAGUUUGAGACCUCGCCGCGCUGGUCGGCUGCGUCGCCCAGCAAUGUGAGCAUGGGUCUCCUGAGCCAGCACGGCGGAUUCGACGACGACGAUGGCAACGACGAAGAAGAAGAGGACUUUGACGACGAAGUGAUUGUGUUUCAGCCGGCCGCGUACACGCAACGACCGCCGACGCCACCGAUGCUCGCAUCGAGUCCGUCGUUAAACAGCGUUGACCUCUCGGCGUUCCGGCACUUGGGCGCUGGCGUCCGCGCCUCGUCCGAAGCGUCGUUGUGGGGCCAGCCGACGCCGACGACAACGACAUCGAUGCGCGUGGAAGAUGAUCCAUUCUGGGAAGAUUUGAACGCCGUCGAAGAGGAAGGCUCGCGGUAUGCGCACCAAGUGUCGAGCUUGAGCAUGUUUUUCCAGCCAGACGACCGCCGGCCGUCGCCGCCCGCCGCCCGCGUCGUGACGCGCAACCCGUUCUUUGUCAACUCGUGAGGCGCGCUUGCUCGAGAGCCUCUUGGCGCCGACGAAGAUGCCACGCGCGGCCACGACGACGGACCUAAAUAUGAAGAAGAGCAGGCAGACAGGAUGUACGUAGCCAUCGUUGUAGUCGACGCGUACGUCCAGAAGGAGCCCAACUCAGUUUGUCAUCUUAUUGCAU